GGCGUGUCAUUGGCGUGGAAACGAGCACAUUGAUCACAACUACAGUGGUGUCGCAGCGAGAAGAAGUCGCAGCCGACGAGCGCUUUGCUGCAGCCCAGAAACAAUGGGCAAAAAGCAGCGAACGGGAACCGCGCCCCCGCGGUCGGGCGCCUGGCUGGCCAACGCGCCGCCGAAGCCGGUCAAGCUGCCCGCUUUUUUACCCAUCCUGCCGCCGACGGACGAGUACUUCCCGAUUUCCGAACAAGCAGAGCAGCCGCCGUCCACGCUCGACGCCACGGGCGCCGUGCGCGUCCACGACGCCGUCGGCCCCUGCGUCGUCACGGCCUCUAAUGCGCUGACGGCCGAGGAGUGCUACGCCUGGAUCGCCUUCGGCGAGAUGGCUACUAUGCCGCCGAAGCCGGGGCCGGACGGCCGAUGGGCCCCGGGGGACGAGCCGCCCCAGCGACCCGGGUUCAAGGAUAUACAGAGCAAGCGGACGGCGGGCACGGCCGAGCGCUUCCAUGGAAGGUUGUCAUUACGGGACGACGCCGCCGCGGAGGCGAUUUUUAGGCGGAUCCGGCCCUUGCUGCCGGAUACGUUAUAUGGGAAGAAGCCCGUGGCCUGCAAUCCAAAUUUGAGGCUCUACCGUUAUAGUGAGGGCCAGCGCUUCGGCCGCCACGUCGACGGCGCGGAGAUUCUUCCGCGGGGCCGCACGGAGUUUACCGUGUUAUUAUACCUGAGCGCGUGCGAGGGCGGCGCGACGACGUUCUUCCGGGACCACGAAAAGCCAGACGUGCUCUUCGCGUUUCCGCCGACGGACGGCGCGGUGCUGCUCCACGCGCACGGCCAGCGGUGCCUGACGCACGCGGGCGCGCCGGUCACGGGCGGCGUCAAGUACCUGUUGCGCACGGACGUCGUGUACCAGUGAGUGAGUAAGGGGAUGUUGUUAUCU